AUGAAGUAUUAUGAAGCUGAGCAGAACGUAUUUGCGCCUCUUGAAAAGAUGAAAGGCUAUGAAACCAUGUCUAAUGAGAAGGAGCAUGUCAUUUGCCCCAAGCCCCGGCGAGCCAGGAUCUUGUCUCAGAUAUUUGUUAGAUAUCAUUUGAGUCAACAAGUUGAAGCAUAUGAUUCAAAAGAUAAAGUAGAUGUUCGAGACAUAAUCUUCGAGGAGAGUUAUGGAGAAGAACAGACAAAUCAAGUAGCCUUAUCAUCUCAUUUAGUUGGCUCACCUCCAGUUCGAUCUGGUAACCCUUUGAUCCGAGAUUCCCAGUUUGUAUAUGAAAGGAACGCUUCUGCAUUUUUAUCGUCUUCAUCUUCAUCAUCAUCCGAUUUUUUGUCUCCACGCAAAGGAGGAUGUGUUAGAAUGGAGCCUGGACUUAACCCAGCUGCAGUUAGAGUAGAAGGAUUUGAUUGUCACAUUCCUGCUGUUUCUUGA